AUGGACAGUUCAAAGAAGAGGCCUGCUAAAACCACGCUACAGCGGCCCGAUGCCAGAAAGUCAAAAACGAUCGACAAGAAGGAUGCUCCUCCUGCCGAAACGGAACCGUUCAGUGUCAAAAGUGCUCGUGGAAACAAGUUAAUUUUGCCCAAGAGAAGAGUGAAGCCUCAAGAGAAAAAGGAAGCCAUAUCAGAAGCUACACUUCAAGAGGUGAAAGAAGGCAAAUUGCCAGAAGAGAAAAAAUGCUUUGAUUGCCCUUAUUGUGGCGAAUCCAUUUUCCCACCUUAUCCUUCUAAACUUGGCCGCUUGAUCAAGAAAUUGAAAGCGAAUCAAAUUCAAUAUGAAAGAGAGCAACGUGAAGCAUAUGAAUUAGAGGUCAUUGAAUGCAAACGAAACAACAUGUUCAUUAUGCCUUUUAUUCUGAAAGACAUUGGAUUGUCAAAGAACGACCAACGAUUGAUCUGUAGGACACAUCAGAUUGAAUUGAAGUUCAAACCCUUGGCUAAAGAGAAAGGAUAUCCUGAGCGCAUUGAUUUUGAUGCCAUUCCAGAUAGAAUCGCUUUGUUUCAAGAUGAACUUUUGGGUAUUGUUGAUCGCAAGGUGCCUAGUACAUACUUGGAUGCCGCUUAUGACCGUUUUGAAAAGAUGGGCAUGAAGGCGAGAAGUGCUAAAGAAAUGCUUGCCGUCUUUGGAAACUUCAAGCCUGGCUACUAUGGUAUCAAGGGCGCAGACGCAAUCAUGCAAGCAUUAUUUCCACUAUUUUUGGAGACAUCCAUCAUCAACAUCAACAAUGUUAAACCAUUGACACCCAUUGAAUUUAUUCAACAAAUUUUGGUUCCUGAAGCUGGACUUCGAUUGAUUCGACAAGAUCGCGAUGGUAAGAUUGAUUUGGAAGAAGCGAAACGCAUCAUGAAGGAGAGUGAAGAGUAUGGCAGCAUUGUGUAUUGCAAGGCCAAGAAAGAUAGGGGCAUGCCAGAUGAAAAGGAGGCUGCUGAACCCCAACCGCAAGAGGAGCAUGAUGAGGAGCAGCAACCAAAUGAAUACAUUUCAUUCCCAAUGCCUUCUCAGACAGAGGAUGGCGAUGACGGUCAGCCAAACGAUAUACUCUCUUCACAGCUAUCGAUGACAUCUCAAGGCGAUGAAGAUGAUGGCUUGGCGUCUUUGCAAACAUCUCGAUUGUUAGAAUAA